AUGGAAGGUAACGGAGGCAGAAGCGGUAGAAGAAACGACUCUAUCAGCAGUGUCAUGUCCUUGGGUACUGACAACAACAACAACAACAACAACACCUCGCCCUCAUGGUCAGCCGCACCUGCCGACCAGAGAUCUUCACGUGCAGAACAGGUGCUCGAUCAUGAGGCAUCUGUUCACAUGCUCUCAUCACACUAUGCCCCAGAAGAUCACUCAUACAUGGAGGGUUCUAACUCUGACACCGACCAAUCCGACAUGAUGAGCCCUCUUGAGAUCCGCCACGCUAUAUUCGAGAUGCUCGACGAACUCCCACAGUGCGCCUCCACCGACCUCGUCACUCCCUACCAGAAGGCAGCCACGCUACCUCCUGUUACCCAAGAUUCGCUCUGUGAGUUGGACGUUGGCCGCAUCAUCAACAACCCCAAGCUGCGCCACGAUGUCAACUUCGACCGCGAGCUCCACUUCAGACCCAACCUCGACGGACCCAGAGGCAAGACAAAACUCAAGUCCGCCGACGAGUACUGGAAGGCCGUGCUGGCCGAGCUGGAGGUCUACAGAGCAGUCGGCUUCCGUCUCAUGACUAGCAGAAGCGACGAAGAACUUGAGUACUGGACUUGCAUGAUCAAGGCCAACCAGAUCAGACUUCCAGGCAUCUUCACCACCAUCUACGAAAUCCUCAAGACGCUUGUGCCUGAACGCGACCAAGCCAUCGUGGCAGAGAGACUCGACGUCGAGAUGAUCAUGCAGCAGAUCUGCAAGGGUGUCUUCAAUCUUCUGGAUCUGGCUCAGUGGCUGGCUACUAUUCUGAAGGCCCACUGUGCCCCCAUGAGAGAUGACUGGAUUGACCAGAUGCUUGAGGGAACUACCCAGGGCGUUGAGGAGGGCAAUCAGAAGGCUGUUGUUGUCGGUCUCAGACAGACUCUGGCCAUUCUCGAGGCCAUGAAGCUGGACGUUGCCAACCACCAGAUUAGACAUCUGCGCAGCUUGUUGAUUGACGACACUGUCAAUUUCCAGCAGAAGUACCACGCCCACAAGAUCGCUGCAGGCCGCUUCAAGGUCAAGGGUGCACGCGAUUGGUUCAAGGCAGAAGAGGCUCUCCUCAGCGGCUGUAACCUCGCCCCAACCCCUCUGGAGACCUUCUCGUCGGCAGUCCUCCGCUCCUUGCUCUCUCAGAGCCCUAUUCCUCACUUUCCCGACACAUUCCAUCUCGACUAUGAACGCCUCCGCCAGCUUCGCAGUGACAUCCACAACAUGAUCCAGCUGGACAUGUGCAACAAAGCCUUUGAUGUUCUAAUCAAGGACAAGGUCAGCGAGCAGACUCGUGCUGCUGGCAAGAAGACCCUCCAAUUCAGAAUCACUGGUAUUAUCGGCGAUUCUGGUCUUUACCUUGAGAACCUCGAGAACCUUUCUGCCGAGAUCGUUCGCCUCGUCCUUGAGCUGGAAGGCUCAGACCGCACCUUUGACUCCGACAUGAACAGCAUCGUCGAGCACUACCUUCGUACCGAGCUACCUCUCGCUUCUUCUGCCUUUGGCAUUCAGCUCCAGUCGAUCCUCGAUACCGAGCUGCCCAGACUGUGUAACGCUGUGAAGUCCAGCGCAAGACUUCCUCUUCUGGCUCUUCACGAUGUCAUGCUCCCUCCCAUCCAGCCUGCUGGCAAGGGUGCUGCUGCCAAGCCCAUCGCCGAGCCUCUUCUCGACGAGAUCCUCAAGCGCGUCACCCAUCUCGCAGUCAUCCACUGGCACGUCUGGUCACCCAUCAUCUACAACCUGCAGGUUGCUGUUGGCUCGACCGAUCUUGGCUCCCCUGACAACAACACUGACACCGCUCACGUGAACACCAACACCGCUUCGCCUAGCUCUGUCGCUUCGACUCCCGACAUGCAGAGCCAGACUGGUGGUUUCACUCAACUCAACCCCUCCAUCACCAACAGUCACUCCCAGGAGUAG